AUGGAGAAUGAUGCAAAUGCAGAAAUAAAAAGAGUUAGCACAGUUGGGUACCCAUUUACUUGGGAGCGGGGAAGGGGGACUAGGGACUGGGUGGAGGAAAGGCUGGACCGUGUAGUGGUUGAGGAGGGGUGGUGUGAGACUUAUGCACAGGCCCGCAUUUUUAAUGUUAGUACUGACAAUUCGGAUCACUCGGGGUUGUUUUUAGACAUACAUUCUAGUUUGGCAGCACCUAGGGGCAGGCCACCUUUUCACUUUGAGAAUUCGUGGUUAUUGGAUAGGGGAUGUAGGGAGGUGGUGGACAGUUCAUGGGCGGGUUUCAAGGGGGAAGGACGGGACGGGGAGGCUUUGAAUUUGGUCAAGGAGCUGGAUGCCCGGUUGGUGAGGCUUUUGGAACAGGAGAAUGCAUUCUGGAAGCAGCGGGCCAAACAGCAUUGGUUGAGGGAAGCUGAUGCCAAUACGAGGUACUACCAUAAAUAUGCCUCUGCGCGAAGGCGUAAAAAUAAGAUUGUUAAGUUGAAGGAUCCUGAGGGCAGGCGGGUAGAAGGUGAAGUCAUGUGUUCUAUGGUGCUUGAAUAUUAUAACAAUAUUUUCAAGUCAAAUGGUAAUGUGAUUGAGGAAGCCUUGGAUUUUGUCCAGCCACGUGUGACUCAGGACCAAAACUAUAAACUAAUGAGGGUGACCUUUUGA